CUGCCCUCCAGGGUUCUGUGAUCUUGGAGCCUCCUGAGGAGAUGCAUUUGGAGGCAGGCCAGGCAAAUGAGUCCAAAGCCCACCCGGUCUUCUUCUCCCUGGACUACCAGCAUGUCCAGGUGCCCUUUGAGAUCACCCUGUGGAUCAUGUUGGCUUCUUUGGCCAAAAUAGGUUUUCAUCUGUUUGAAAAACUACCUUCGGUAGUCCCCGAAAGCUGCCUAUUGAUCUUUGUUGGGCUCAUCAUGGGAGGGAUCAUUUAUGGCCUCAAUGACAAAUCCCCUCCAGUUAUGGACAGCGACAUCUUCUUCCUCUACCUCCUGCCCCCCAUUGUCCUGGACGCUGGGUAUUUCAUGCCCAGCCGUCCCUUCUUUGAGAACAUUGGGACUAUCCUCUUAUAUGCUGUGGUGGGGACAAUCUGGAAUGUCUUUGGGAUUGGAUUCUCACUCUACGGGAUAUGUCAAGUGGGUGCCUUCCAGCUGCAUGAUAUAUCGUUGCUCCAUAACCUCUUGUUCAGUAGCUUGAUCGCGGCCGUUGAUCCCGUUGCCGUGCUUUCCGUGUUUGAAGAGAUACAUGUCAAUGAAAAGCUUCAUAUUUUGGUGUUUGGAGAAUCUCUUCUCAAUGAUGCUGUGACAGUUGUGUUGUACAAGCUGUUCCGAUCCUUUUGUGAAAUGCCAUCCAUCAAAACAGCAGAUGUGUUUGCUGGAGCUGGGAAGUUUUUUGUGGUUGGCAUCGGAGGGGUUUUAGUAGGCCUCCUGUUUGGCACGAUAGCUGCCUUCACCACACGCUUUACCAAAAAUAUCCGUGUGAUAGAGCCCCUGUUUGUUUUCCUCUACAGUUACCUGUCCUAUCUCACUGCAGAAAUGUUCCACCUCUCUGGUAUUGUGGCAAUCAUUGCCUGUGCAAUGGGGAUGAAACGUUAUGUGGAGGCUAACAUCUCUCUGAAGUCCCACACAACCAUCAAAUACUUCAUGAAAAUGUGGAGUAGUGUCAGCGACACCCUCAUCUUCAUCUUCCUUGGGGUCUCCACCAUUGGGGACAACCAUGAGUGGAACUGGCCAUACAUUUGCUUCACAGUCAUUUUCUGCCUCAUCUGGCGAGCUCUAGGCGUUCUUGUCCUGACAUUCAUCAUAAACAGAUCUCACGUGAAUACUGUGACGCCCAAGGACCAGUUCAUUAUUGCUUAUGGCGGACUUAGAGGGGCCAUCUGUUUCUCUCUGGUGUUCUUGCUCCCAGAUUUUCAGAGGAAGAAACUCUUCAUUGCUGCAACGACCGUAGUUAUCCUCUUCACUGUGUUUGUACAGGGUAUGACCAUCCGGCCCCUUGUUGACUUGCUAGAUGUCACCAGAAAACAAGAAAGUGCUCCCACUGUUGGGGAACAAAUUCACAUCCGGUUCUUGGACCAUUUAUUGGCUGGCAUUGAAGAUAUAUCCGGACACUGGGGACAGUAUUAUUGGAAAGACAAAUUAGAAUACUUUAACAGCAAAUACCUCCAGAAGUUCUUGCUCCGGGAAUAUGUGCAACCCAAGUCAAGCAUCGUGCUUCUCUAUGAGAAACUUGAGCGGAAGCAUGCCAUUGAGUUGGCUGAAGCAGGCCAGCUCAUCUGCGGACCAGCCCAUUCAUCACUGCUCAACAAAGACAAACCUGCUGUCACAGUCAAUGAUUCAGACAGUCUCAAUCUCGAUGAUGUGGAUGACAUCCAGAAGAUCCUGGAAAGGAACCUGUACAAAACCAGGAGAACGGUGCCGGCCUACAACAGGCACACCCUUCCUGGAGAAACAGAACCGGUGGAACAGGCCAAGGAGAUCUUGAUCCUCCGGCACAAGAGCUGGCAGAUGCACAUGAGCCGCAGUGACUCUGACCACCUGAGCAAGGAGAAGGAUGACUCCUAUUCAUCAGAUGGUCAGACUAAUCUCAAACCCAAGUUAUGCAGAUCUGUUACCAAAAGCAAGACUGUUUCCUUCGUGAGUCCUUCACUCAAUUUCACUCCCCCCUCCUUGUCUUUCUGCCAUGAAGAUCAAAAUAGCUGCAUUUUUAGCGGGGAUUUUUGGAGUCCUGGGUGUUCUUCUCUUUCUGGUUGCCUUCGGGACAGACUAUUGGAUACUUGCGACAGAGCGGUGUGGAGGAUUCGACACUGACAACAGCACCCAUCAUCCAGAGGAGGUUGAGAGGGAAGACUCGGAAGGGAUUCUUACAUUUCACCAUGAAGGCUUCUUUUGGCGUUGCUGGUUCUUUGGUGAAGACUACCAAGACACCAUUUGGAACUUCUGGUUUA